AUGACGAGAUCUGAUGAUCGCACCAACCUCGGCAGAGUCCGGUCAAGGCACGUCGACGAGAUGGCCCACCAUGCGAAGAUAAGGUGCGACGAGGUGGAGAUGAAAGUAUACCGGGCAAAUCUCUUGCAGGCCUGGAUUCUCCAAGACUCCCAGAUCUGCGCCGACCGUCCUCAGCCGAUGAGAUAUAAAACCCCCCCCUCUGAUUCCCAUCUGUUCUCUCCAUCUCAUCAAGGAAACCACAAGGAUCCUGUGACCAAGGCACUCUUCUUCCAUACUUCUUCCUUCUUCUCUCGUUCCACACACUCUUUCCUUAUUCACAAUGAAGGCCUCGAUUGCUGCCAUUGCCCUCACUCUCUCGGGCUCGGUGAUGGGUGCUCCCUUCGCGGGCUUCCGCAAGCCCAACGGCACCUAUCCUUCCCCCCGUCUGGUUUCUCGAUCCCCCCUCGGGUGCCGACGGGAACUCCGGUCUUCAGCUCUGAGCCCGUGUCCCUGACUCCUGGCGCAAGUAUCGGUAUCACGAAGCGCGGAGAGUCUCUCUCGGUCCCCACGGAUCUCCCGUCGCUGGAAUCUGAUGCUCAGUCGGUGGCAGCAGCUCUGGCUUCUGCCGGCGCCCAGAAGCGCGACGAUGGCCUCUCGGUUCCCACCGACCUUCCGUCUUUCGUGUCGGAUGCCCAGUCGGUUGCCGCCGCUCUGGCUUCGGCCGGCGCCCAGAAGCGAGCCAAGCCUCCUUCAAUCCCUACCAAUCUUCCCUCGUUCUUGUCCGAUGCCCAGUCCAUUGCCGCGGCCUUUACUUCCAGCACCCCUAGUGGUCUUCGCAAGCGUGGCCACUCUCAGCCGGUUGCCACUCAUUCAAGCACCCCUACGGGCAUUCCCGCGCGGGCUCCCAGCUCUAGCUCGCCCGUACCCUUUGGCACCUCUUCCAUCCACCCCAGAUCUUCUUCCCGUCUGCCUCUCCCGACUCCCACCGGCCUUCCGUCAUUCAGCUUCCCGUUUGCUUAG